CCUCCGCCGGAAGUCCCGAAGGUUACCUCCAGCACUGGGAACUGUGAGAGCUGACUUUGCCAGUGGAGUCUUGCAUCGCGGUUGCGGUUUCUCUGGUCACUCUUGGGAAGAAAUGUCGUCCAUAACAAAAAGUCCAAAAAAGGAAAUAAUUUCUGAACUCCACUGUUCGGCUGCGGAAGGGGAUGUUGCCAGGUUGGCAGGGAUACUCAGUCAUUCUCCAUCUCUUCUCAACUCAACCUCCGAAAAUGGCUGGACUGCCUUAAUGUAUGCUGCAAGGAAUGGGCACCCUGAUAUUGUCCAGCUUCUGCUUGAGAAAGGAUGUGACAGAUCACUUGUCAAUAAAUCAAGGCAAACUGCGCUCGAUAUCGCUGUAUUUUGGGGCUAUAAGCAUAUAGCUAACAUGUUAGCUAAUGCAAAAGGUGGGAAGAAGCCUUGGUUCCUAACCAAUGAAGUAGACGAAUGUGAAAAUUAUUUUAGCAGAACACUACUGGACCGGAAAAGUGACAAAAGAAAUAAUUCUGACUGGCUGCAGGCUAAGGAGAGCCACCCGGCCACAGUCUAUGUCCUUUUCUCAGACUUAAACCCCUUGGUCACUCUGGGCGGCAAUAAAGAGAGUUCACAGCAGCCGGAAGUCAAGCUCUGCCAGCUGAACUACACAGAUGUGAAGGAUUACUUGGCUCAGCCUGAGACGGUCACCUUGGUGUUCCUUGGAGUGGAACUUGAGAUGCGGCGAAAGGAAUCACACAAUUAUGCUGGAGGAGUCCCGGUGGAGGACGAGGAUGGUUUGGUUGCUUGGUUUGCUCUCGGUAUAGAACCUGUUGCCGCUGAAGAGUUUAAGCAAAGACAUGAAAAUUGUUAUUUUCUUCACCCUCCGAUGCCAGCUCUUUUGCAGUUGAAAGAAAAAGAAGCUGGGGUCGUAGCUCAAGCGAGAUCUGUUCUUGCAUGGCAUAGUCGAUACAAGUUCUGCCCAACCUGUGGCAGCGCCACCAAAAUUGAAGAAGGUGGCUAUAAAAGAGUGUGUUUAAGAGAAAACUGCCCUAGUCUCCAUGGCGUCCACAAUACAUCUUAUCCAAGAGUUGAUCCAGUAGUAAUCAUGCAGGUUAUCCAUCCAGAUGGAACCAAAUGUCUUUUAGGCAGGCAAAAACGAUUUCCCCCAGGCAUGUUUACUUGUCUCGCUGGAUUUAUUGAACCUGGGGAGACAAUAGAAGAUGCCGUGCGGAGAGAAGUGGAGGAGGAAAGCGGAGUCAAAGUUGGCCAUGUUCAGUAUGUCUCUUGUCAGCCAUGGCCAAUGCCCUCCUCCUUAAUGAUUGGUUGUUUAGCUGUGGCAGUGUCUACAGAAAUUAAAGUUGACAAGAAUGAAAUAGAGGAUGCCCGAUGGUUCACCAGAGAACAGGUUAUGGAUGUUCUUACCAAAGGGACGCAGCAAGCAUUCUUUGUACCACCAAGCCGAGCUAUUGCACAUCAGUUAAUCAAACACUGGGUUAGAAUGAACCCCAAUCUCUAAUGAAAACUACUAGCAUCUGUUGGAGUAUUAUUUAAUUGUAAUGCUACUUAUUUCUCAAGUAAGAUUAGAUAUAUUUAUUGAUCUUUAAAUCUUAUAAAAUUUGGGGACCUCGAAAAUAUUUUAAGUGUUCUUUCCAUUAUUAACUACAAAAUUCAUAGUUUUAUAAAUUAGAAUGAUGGCUUAGAUUUUCUUAAAUUUGGAGUCAGCCUGUGAACAUUUUUGUUGUGCUUCACAAUUUUAUCUCAUGAGACUAACUAUAUUUCUACCAAGAUAGAUCCUGUUGGAAUGAAGUGUGCUCCAGAAGUGGGAUGAACAUGAAUCCAUCUCUUGUAAAGACUAGAUUCAGUGUUGGAGAAAUGCGUCAAAAUAACGUUAAUGAAUGUUGGGCUUCAGCCUAUAUCUGGUCGUCUCACUACCCUUCUCCUGGCCUCCUGGGCUAGUGGUGGUACUGUAGAGUGUCACUUCGAGUUUAAUCUGACUAGUGUUGAGAAUGAUUUUCUUUUCCCAACUUACCCAUCACUGAGCUCAGACUGCAACAGUCAGGGGUAGAGAACUAAAGAACACAUGCACACCAUUGUCUCUGGGACCUCACUGUUAAAUCCAAAGCUAACUGCUGCAUCUGUCUGUUUUGCUUACACUUAAAGCUGUUAUUAAGUCAAGUGAAGUUUCUCCAAUAUUGUAACGUGAAUCUUAAAAGGUCUUAUUAUAAAAUAAUAUCUAUAUUAUAAUAUAUAUAAAAUAUAUAUUUUAUCUAUAAAAACCCCAGAGCCAGAUAUUGGGGUGAAAAGCUGAAAGAUCAGAAAAGCAGAAAGAAGCUAGCCAUGUUCUUACCUGCUUGGAGAUUCUCUGCCAAAGAGACCUACUUCCUGUAUACAUUGUAUAUAUGUAUAUAUGUAUAUAUACAAUGUAUAUAUUCCUAUGUGCCUUUCUGUUCUGCCAUCUCACUUCCUCUCUACCCAUCUACAUCACUUCCUCUUCCUGCCCAGCUCUGUCACUUCCUGCCUGUCUGUACAGACCUCCAGACCUUUAUGGUUAACUAGUGUUGGCGUUAAGGUGUGUGCCACCAUGUCUGGCUCUGUUCCCAGUGUGGCCUUGAACUCAUAGAGAUCCAGAGGGAAUCUGUGCCUCCUGAGUGAUAGGAUUAAAGGUGUGGGCUUCCACUGCCUGACUUCUAUGUUUACUAUAGUGCCUGGCUUUUUCUUCUGAUCCUCAGAUAAACUUUAUUGUGGGACACAGAUAAAAUAUCACCACACAAUUUUCCACUGGACAUUAACAUUUUAUGAAGGUCAGAAACUAAAUCUCAAGUAUAUUUACAUAUUAAAUAAAGCAUUGGCUUUAAUUUUGUGAUGAGGGAUAUAUUAUAUAUUUCUUUUGGCAAAGAAUAUAUAAUAAUUACCAUCAGUAUUCAUUACACUGAAAUAUGAUAUCUUGGCUUUGACCUAAAUUCAUCACAUCCUAAGCACCCUUAAUUAGUAUACUUUAGAAUUGAAUUGCUAAGACCCUAGAGAAAGUAAUUGCAGUAUUUCCCAGUUUUACCAUAUAGACACAUAUAUUUUACUUGGCUGUUCUGCAGUUGUUUUAACUAUACAAAUGUAUGUAUUUUGCCCCUUUGCUAGUCUGUUUGAACUUGAAGAGACUUUAGGCACAAUAAAUGUUGAACAUAAUAAUCGUAACAGUUUGUAGUAUGCAACUAAGAACUAGGUUUUCCCUGGAAUAGGAAACAGAAGCGAUUACCCAAAGCAUCUGUGAAAUGGGGGGCUAGAAAAAUGGCUCAGACAUUAAGGUGUUUGCUAUGUAAGCAUGCAGACUUCCGUUCAGACCCUCUGCAUCCAUUUAAGAAACUGCGUUCAGAGACAUAAAUAUCGAGUCCCUGGUUUAAAGAGGCAGAGGCAUGAGUGUCCUGGGGGUUUGUCCAGUCAGUCUAAUGAAUCAGUAAACUCACUGAGAGACCUUGUCUCAAAACACAAGGCGGAAGGCUGGAGAUGGCCCAGUGAUAAAGAGCACUUUCCAUUCUUGGAAAGGACCAGAGUUUGGUUCCCAUGAUCCUCCUCAGGCAGCUCCCAACCACUUACAGCUCCACAGCAUCCAGCACCAUCUUCUGGAUCCUCAGGCACCUGCAUGCAUGUUUCCGCAAGACAGAGACGAGUGACUGAAGAAGACACCUGACUUCCACCUCUUGGCCUACACACACACACACACACACACACACACACACACACACACACACACACACACGGUGAAUAGGUUAAAAGGAAGGAAAAUAGGAAGAAUUAACUUAGCUAUUAAAUGCUGUUAAUUCAAAUUUUAGAUAUAGCACUUAAAAAUUUUUUAACCUAAAUAUAACUUUCUCAGAGAAUUGAUUUCACUAAUGAGUACUAUUGCCGAGUUAAUGAAAGCUUCUUAGAAUCAGAACCUUAGAUCAAACCAAAGCCUAUACAGGACAUUGACAAUACAUGGUACGUUGGAGCUAUAUAACUAUAUUAAUAUACUUUGAUUAUUAUGAAAUAUGAUCAACUGAAGCUCAUUUUUGUUCCAAAUAUGCUUUUUAGUACCUGUGGACGCCAAUACCCUUAAUGUUAAAAAGCAAAGUAAAAUACAAACGUCAAAAUGUAUAGAUUUUAGUUUCAGUUUCCUUCUGUACUUGUGGAAAAUCUGUGAAUAAAUGAUUGUUUUUAAUAGUCAUUCCUAAGUUGUGACCUUGAAGAGAUGAGGAUAGAUGUAAAUAGUAAUGAUUGCUAUCUUAACCAGUUCUAGAAGGGCGAAUGUCACACAGGUAUUCCAGGUAUUCCAAUGGAAAUCAGUGUAAUAAUGAAUUAAAAUGUAUUCUGUUUGUGUAUUAUGUGUUUUUAAUGUUUUGAUGAAUUUCUUUGACACAAAUAGAAAUUUUAGCCUGUA